CUGUGUUGAAAGCAGUACUCGUAGAACAUAGCAUAUUUCUGUUAAAGCGCUACUUGCCACCUUUUCCUCAUUACUGCUUUCUUAUGUGUAGAAUUUGUUGCUUCAAAAUAACAAAAGGAUUUAUAGACUAAUUGGUUCAAAAGUCAAUGGAAAGCAAGUCUAACCCAAUAAAGUCAUUGAUUGGCUCCAGGACUGGACUGGAAUCUUACCGUUGGCGGAGAAGCCAACAUUGAACAAUUGCAAGGGUGACUUGUUGCCAGCCAUGAUGGACAUCCAGGUGACAUAGAACAACCAUCAGCCAGGAAUUUAAACAUAUCCAUACCAGGCAAGAGUGAUAGACCUAGUCACCUUACCAGCCCUCUAGAUGGUAUUAUAUCAAACUGUGCCCCACCAUCCCGACCCCAGCCUGACCUUGGUCACCCUGACAACUGUUGCCUUAGGGAACCAAAAAACAAAUUCUGAUCAGCUGACUGUUUGAAGUGUGGAUCAGAAAUUUUCAGAGAAGACUAUUACAGUGACACAGUGACAGACCAAUAUACACCACAAAUACAGAAUACGCACAAGUCUAUAUAAAGUAAAGUCAUAAACAACGAACGAUCAUCCCUUCAUCAACCUCCCCCAGUAGCGAGCCCACGUGCCCGCUGCGUUAUAUCUUGUCGAGUGAGUGUGCGAUGGAGAGAACCAUGGUGCAAGGAGGGGAAACCAACGGCAUUGCGCCAUCCAUUCUCACUGUCCGCAUGAUCAUGCAGGGAAAGGAGGUUGGCAGCAUAAUCGGAAAGAAAGGAGACAAUAUAAAGAAAUACAGAGAAGAUAGUGGUGCUAAAAUCAACAUAUCUGAUGGUUCGUGUCCUGAACGUAUAGUCACCAUAACAGGAACGACAGACAACAUUCACAAAGCAUUCACAAUGAUAUGUUCUAAAUUUGAGGAGCAGCCAUCUUUGUUUCAGGACCUCCAAAACACGCCCACAGUGCCGAAACCCCCCGUCACACUGCGUCUGGUCGUACCGGCCAGCCAGUGUGGCUCGCUUAUCGGCAAGGGCGGCAUCAAGAUUAAAGAAAUCAGAGAGAGUACGGGAGCGUCUAUACAAGUGGCCAGUGAAAUGUUGCCCAACUCCACAGAGCGAGCGGUCACCGUGUCGGGAACAGCUGAAGCAGUCACAGCGUGUAUACAAGUGGUCUGCAAUAUUAUGUUGGAGUCCCCACCAAAGGGCGCCACAAUUCCCUACCGCCCGAAGCCAGCAGUUCCCCCAGUGGUUUAUGCGGGUGGGCAAGCAUACAUCAUACAGAAUCCACAGAUACCAAUGCCGUCACCAGCAGAGCAGGUCUGGUGUAACUGCCCACAGGAGCCUUAUGGUUACACGCUAAAACCCAAGGUUAUAUUGAACAAGUUGAACCAGAUGUCACUGGGGCAGCCCGUACCGAUGGUACACCCACAAGCCUAUAUGCCAGGUAUGGUGGGCCAUGCUCCCGCUCACCUCAUGCAUUCCAACAUGGCCGAAAUACCCGAAAGAACAGAGAGAUACAUCCUGAACCAACUUUACGGACACUUUGAUGUGUCGGCGGCGCCUGGGUAUGCUCCGAUACCGUUUCAUCAACGACCACUGCCCAAUGGCCCGAUCCCAGCACCAAAUGGGCAGCAGACACAUGAAAUGAACAUCCCAAACGAUCUCAUUGGCUGUAUCAUUGGCAGGGGCGGACAGAAAAUCAACGAGAUUAGGCAAAUCUCUGGUGCUAAUAUCAAGAUUUCAAAUGCGGAAGAUGGGAUACCAGACCGAAAAGUCACGAUCACAGGAACUCCCGAAACUAUCGGCAUGGCUCAGUACUUAAUCAACACCAGCAUGGAAUUACAUAAGACUCUAGUCCUAGACCCUAACUCCGCUGCUCCAUCCCCAUCAAGUACCGUAACUCCGUCAUCUGCAAGUCCAGUAACUCCAGUGACUUCAGUUACCUCCCCUGCAGUAUCCCAGCAGGCAGCUCCAGUUACCAUGCCGAUGACCUCAAUGAACUUUCCUGGGAUGAAACCGCUUCAGAUAAUAGGGAUGAAUGGUCUUAAUGGACUGCAACCUUUACCCGGAUCUUAUCCUUCCAUACCUUCUUUGCCAGGAAUGAAUGGUGGUUUAAAUGGUUUAAAUUAUGGACUGAUUGAUCCAAUGUUUAUUAACUGCGGAAUUGGACAGCCUAUGCACCAUUCUGCAGCAAAUUUUACAGGAAAAAUGCGAGUCGGAGUCGCCGCGGUAAAAACGGGCUCGCCAAAGUUCUCCCCCUACUAACUGUUAUUCGUGAAUAAAUAAAUGUGCUGGAUGUGUAUUAUAGUUAUAGAAGUAUAUUUAUAGUUUGUUUUGUUGCUUAACUAUGAAGCCUAUUGUAUGUACCCAUGUAUAUUCGUGUAUACAGAUAUUUGUUUUGUCGUCUUUUUUCACUCACACUUUUUGGUUUCCUGUGGUAUGUUUUUUUAUAUGUUCAACAAUAUUAUUCACCACCGUGUUCGUCUAUGUGCUGAAAAGUUUCCUGUGUACUUCAAGCUAGAAAUCCCAAAUCUAAUGAAGUAUUCGCUAGAGUAGUAAUUGGUUUUUAAAAGGCACAUGCUUUACAAAGCAAGUCUUCCAUAUUAGUUAAACAGUAAUGAUAUAAUUAUCAUGUUAACUUUUAAUGGAAAUCAAUAGUUCUCCAUGGUUUUUGUAAAGUCAUAUUUGUUAUACGCGUAAUUUUAUACACUAUUUUUGUCAAUGUGUUCAUUUGAAGCCAAAUUACAUUUGUUGGUGUUCCUUUGUACAUGUCUGUUAAAAGAAAAAGAAACGUUGUCUUCAGCAGUUACCUUUUUAUCUAGUUUAUGUUGUACUUAAAUCAUUCGUUAAUUAUGUGGGUACAUAUGAUAAGUUUUUUUUUUAAGCUGGGUCUCUGAAAAGUAGGAAUGUAGCGGAAUUCUGUAUAUAAGUCAAAUUUAAUUGGUAUUUUUUUAGUGUUGAAUAAGCGGGUGAAGAGUUUUAUAGUCUGAAUAAGCGGGUGGGGAAUGUUUUUCCUCAAGAGGGAAUAUGAUACAAGUUUAAUAGCGAAAUUAGUAUUUUCAUUCCAUAAUUUAUUUGUGGAGACCAGCUUACAGGAAUAAAUGUGCUGUAUAUUGUUUUUACCUGUGGCCUUUGUCAGGGUGAUGGUCUGUCACCAGUCUUGUUAUUGGUCUACAAUUUCUUGCAUGGUUCAAGACUUUGUGAUAAACAUAUCUGAAAUAUUCGAAGAUUUCAUAUGGUUAUUGUAUAAAUUUUGUGUACAUUUUUUGUUGAGAGAUAUUUUACUAUGGCACCAUUGACCAUUUUUGAACGAUGUACAGUUCAACAACAUUACUAUAUUAAUGUCAUGUCUGUUAACUUUCUUAGUCAGAUAUUUUAUAGGUUUUAGACUUUGAAUAUUUGUUGAUUUUUGAUAAAAACAAGCAGGAAUUGUUUAUAUUUCAUAUACAAUUUUCUAAAGCCAAAAAUACAGUUUGAGAGCAAAGGGGAAAACUUAAGGACAUUGUUUAAGGAAUUUGCAAUAUAUGAUAAACUUCAUGAUUGAUCUUUCUUACCAUUUUAUUUACUAAAAUCAUAUAAGAAGUGCAAUCACUAUUUUGAUAGUUUAAACAUUAAUUUUGUGAUGAGGUAAUUGUCACUGACCUCACAUAUUUAUGCACAUGUUCUAAUGUAUGUUUUAUCAUAUCAUGGUUUAUAAUUCCACCACACAAAUAUGUAGUUUACACUAUUUUGAAAUCAAAUGUUAUCAUUGAAUAUAUUUGAAAAUAGUCCCUGCAUUGUGCAUAAUAUUGAUAGCAUUGUACCAAAGUUCUACACCUUCUAGUGAUAUCCAAAUGAAAUCCACUUUCUGAUUACUCAUCCGAGAAUGUCAUUUUAUAAUCUUUGCAAAUUCUAUUUCUUCACUUUUAUUUCCGAAAAAGAUUUUCACAUUCCUAUAGCUGGAUGAUAAAAUCAACAGGGUUCUCUUGAGACAUAUCUUUUGGAACAAAUCUUGGUUUAUAAAGUGUUGAAAAUAAAUGAAACAUAAGGAUGAACACUAUUUCCAAUGUUACCUUGAGCAUGAGACUAUGGUUAUGAACUAGGACGACAAAAAACAUUCCAUAAAUGUUUAAAAGUAAAUGACAAUGUACAGAUCCCAACCCUACCCUUGUCAGUAUUCCCUGUUUCCAUAUCAUAAGUUCCCUGUUUAAAUCAUAAUUCAUGACCUGAAAAAUGACCAUUUCACGACAAAAGUCUAUUGAGUGAAGGAAGACUUUAGACUGAAUGUUGAACUGUUUCUUUACUAUGAUAGUAUAUUUCUGAAGUUAGUGCAGUUAUGCGUUUAACCUUAUGCGUAUCAGAAGUGCAGAUAUGUAGUCCGUCUCAUAUGUGUCAGGAGUAAGUUCAGUUCUGCGUUCAGUCUCCAGGUAUUGUCCAGUUGGAGGAACUAGUCAUUGACAAAGUGAUGAGCUGUCUAGUCUUUUCAAGUAUUUUUUUUCUCAUUCUAAUCAGGAGUCCCCCACAACUUCCAUUUGCUGUCAUUUUAAGGCUUAUGUAAUGUCUUUAUUGUUCUUAGUUUUAUGUAACUAAGUGUCUCUGUUGAUGACACAAUAAGGUUGUACUAUCAUUGUAGCAACUGCCCGUUUAAUACUUCUUCUCUGAAUGCAAUAUUUUCUCAUGGAUUGCAAUACUUUAGGCGAGCAGCGUUUCAUUUAUUUUUUAAGCUGUCUAUUGAAGUUUUGUUGCAAAUUUGCAAUUAUAUGAUAAUUUUUAGUAUUGUAGUGUAAAUAUUGCUUGGAUUUUGAGUAUUCAUUUUGUUAGUCAUUUAAUUUCACCAAAGUUUUGAUCAGUUUUAUUUUUAUUUGAUUCACUAUAUUUUCAUCAAUGUUAUCUACAAUCUAUCUUUAAAGUCCCUACAGCGUAUUUUUGUAUUCAUAAAGGUUCUCAUUAUUAUUUAGAUAUAUUAGAAAAUGUAAUCUUGUUAUAUUGAAUAGAGAGUAUAAUAUUGUUCCUACUUCUAAGUCAGGUAUUUUCAUUGUAUUUAGUUUUAUACGUUUACUUUUGUUGAGAAAUCCAUUUUAUUGUUCAAUCUUUUACGAUGUUUUGACGGCAUGUUUGUGAGGUAGUUUUAGUUAGCAUUCCUGUUUUUUUGCAUGCAAUCAUUAAGCAUGAAUUGUCAGCUCAUUUUAUCAUUUUGAACAAUAAUUCUCUCCCUUGGCUGGACAGUGUUGAUUAACAUAAGUUGCCUCUGCAUCUGCCAUUUGCACUUGUUUUUGUUUUUCACAUUUCAAGCAUUAAAUUAACACAAGCAAACUUUGGCUUUUUCUUACAAGAUUAUUUUCAAGACAAUUUGCUAAAACAGCUUCGUAGGCAAUAUAUUUGAAUCCAUAAUUUCUAAUUUUAAAUCUUCAAAUGUAUUUUCCUCUUCAAUAUUGAUUUUUUUUAAAUAUGUUUUUCAAAUGAUUAAGAACUGUUACUGUUGUCUG